CACGCGCCGCCACAUUCUUCCACACGGUGAAGUGUCACGUUUCACCGGCGCCUCCUCACCAGCAUCCUCACCGGGCACCACCAGCGUCCUCACCGGGCAUCACCAGCAUCCUCACCGGGCAUCACCAGCAUCCUCACCGGGCAUCACCAGCAGCCGAGCCGGGCACCACCGCCACCUGAGGAGCGGCCGAAGACGCGCAGCAUCUCCCGCUCCCCCCCGAACACGCUCACCGGACUCAAGGAACCAACCAUGGAGGGCGCAGGUAACGGCACGGGCGCGGAUUACCGGAGCCAACUCCCCGGGCUCUACAACAGCAGCGGCGGCUUGUGCGGGAACUUCACCGGCGGCAACAACAACAACACCACGAGCUUCGCGGAGGUGCGAUGCGACGGCGAGCACAGGGGGGGUGACACCGACGCCAACCCGGUGAUCAUAGCCAUCGUUAUCACGGCUCUGUACUCCAUCGUGUGCGUGGUGGGGCUGGUGGGAAACGUGCUGAUCAUGUACAUCAUCGUCAGAUACACUAAAAUGAAGACGGCCACUAACAUCUACAUCUUCAAUCUCGCUCUGGCCGACGCCUUGGUCACCAGCACACUACCGUUCCAAAGCGUCAACUACCUGAUGGGGACCUGGCCGUUUGGGGACAUCCUGUGCAAGAUGGUGAUGUCCAUCGACUACUACAACAUGUUCACCUCCAUCUUCACGCUCACCACCAUGAGCAUCGACCGCUACGUCGCCGUGUGCCACCCGGUCAAAGCGCUGGACUUCAGGACGCCCCGCAACGCCAAGAUUGUCAACGUCUGCAACUGGAUUCUCUCCUCGGCCAUCGGGUUGCCUGUCAUGGUCAUGGCCUCCACCGCCAACACUUCCUCCAACAUUAUGGACUGCAAGCUGAUUUUCCCCCACCCCUCCUGGUACUGGGACACCCUGCUGAAGAUCUGCGUCUUCAUCUUUGCCUUCAUCAUGCCCGUCCUCAUCAUCACCGUCUGCUACGGCCUCAUGAUCCUGCGGCUCAAGAGUGUGCGCAUGCUGUCCGGCUCACAGGAGAAGGACCGGAACCUGCGUCGGAUCACACGCAUGGUCCUGGUGGUGGUUGCCGUCUUCAUCGUCUGCUGGACGCCAAUUCAUAUCUUUGUCAUCAUCACCGCUCUCAUCAACAUCCCCAGCUCCACGCUGCAGACUAUCACCUGGCACUUCUGCAUCGCCCUGGGCUACACCAACAGUAGCCUGAACCCGGUUCUCUAUGGCUACCUGGACGAGAACUUCAAGCGUUGUUUCCGUGAGUUCUGCACCCCGAGUCCGUCUGUGCUGGAGAUGCAGACCUCAUCCCGGACCGGAGUCACCAGCCGCAAGCUCCCACAGCGUGACAACAGUGGAAACACAGGAGAAAGGUCCAAUCAGCAGGUAUGACUAGCCUUGGAGGGGUCGUCGGUGGACUCCCGCUGCUGUGGCGGCGCUGCCAACGACGAUCUCAACUCGGAGGUCACGCAGGUCACCAUAGGGCUCUGACUCCACACGCAUAGACACACUCCUGAAACACAUGUACACCCAAACCAUCCCAGGACACGACUGAGACUCGGCGGCCCAGGUGAUUUUUUAGCCAACAAGCUUAACCACAGCAUCGACCCUGUGGCUGUGCAAAGCUUUCACUGAGACAGAUAACACACGUGGCUCGAAAUAGACUAAACCGAAAAUAAAGACUCCAUAAAACACUGCAUCCUCCUAAUUGAAGACUUGGUUGCACUAAAUUGUGCAUUAACGCCACUAAAAUCUCCAUCGUUUCUCCAUUGCCAUCAGCCAAGACAGACAGAAUACAGAGAGAUGUAUAGACCGAUCCAUAAAAGCCACCUUCACGAGCCUCUCAUGUGAUGUUGUUCUCCUCUGACUGCAGAGCUCAUUGAGCAGAUCCAUCCCAACCUUCGCCUUAUCACUUAUUGUCCCGGCCAUAAAAAAUACUAAAAAGAAGAAGAAAAAUCAAUUAAUUAUCUUCUACCUCCGCGCCCGUCUGUCACAUUUCCUCUCAUUCACAUUUAUUUGAGGGGACAAAGGUUUAAAGGCUGUCACCACAUGAAGGCUUUAGUGGAUGAAGGGGUUUUACAAUAACACCAGCUGUGCUUUUCAUCCCGUGUCCGUGUGGAUUUUCCGCCUUCCAGCGAUUCGCACAUUGAUUUAUAUUCACAGAUCUACGCUGGAGUUCAGGCCACUUGCGGUUGAUUGACAGUGCACAGCUCUCUCCUCUCCAACCACCCUAACCCCUUGUGGUCGUUUACUGUCCCCUCCCCUGCUUUCCUUCCCUUCUCUGUAAAUACGUUCCCUGCCCUGUUGCUUGACUCACCAGUAAGUUGUCGUACAGUGGAGCGCUGAAUGUUCCCUCUGCUGAACUCCCUGAAUGUUGUUUUUCCCUCUGGAUCCUUGAGCUGAACUGUGAGGUCCUUGAAACCAGCAAAGAAGACAGGUGGUCCUGUUUGCACAGCGCCCACCGUGUGCUGCUGGAGCCUAUAGAGCGGACAUAUGGUUCUAAAUGUGUAUGAUCAACGGCGGCGUGACAGCCAUUACGGAGGUUAUGGAUGUAAAUGGAGUCUCUUCUCCUCUGGAGUGUUUAACAAAUGAGCCAAGCAGGACUGUGUGUCGUGAUCUGUUGAAAUUGCUUGUGCUUACGUGUCGUGCCGUGUGCUCUUCUUGCCAGUUGCCUUCAUCGGGAGCUCUACUUGAUAUUCUGUGCACCAGUGUUUUUUCUUUUCUAAAGAUCUGUAAAUAUGAACAUGAUUGUAUUUAUCUCCCGUGUAAAACACUCUAAGUACUGUGUUAAUUUUUUUUUUUAAGAUGUCGCAAAAAUAAAUCGUCAAGAAAGUGCACCAGCAAGCCUGUGUGAUUCUAAAUAUGGAUUUCUGUCACUUUGAAUCUCCCCUGUUUUUAUCUGAGGGGUUGAAUAUUCAUCAGACAACAAUGUGUGUAAAAAUGGAAAUUUGUCUUGACUAGCCUGGAGAAGAAGGAUAGAUAAUGAUGCCACUGUAUUGUCAAAUCUCUUAGCUCAAUUUUGAAAUGAAAUAAAAUAGAUUAUUCUUUUUCAGUCAAGCCACCAGCUACAAUGAAAGAAAGAAACUGUUAAUGGCCAAACUGUGUGAAUAAACAAAUAUCUAUCAUAAUUAUAACUGAAGCGUUAAGCGGUUUGGAGCAUCAACGUGUCACCUGCUGUAUUUCAAGUGUUUAUUAGAACCCAAAUGUCAUCUAUAUGCAUGGAAUAGAUUGGAGAAUGAAGAGCAGAAAUAAAAUAUCUUGCCCGCGUGUGUGAGUGAGCUAAGUGCCACGAUGCUCGAGUGUUUAUCCUUCACCUAUAAAAUUCCCUUGUUGUCAAGAUGAUGUGUCAAACGUGCAGAGCAGCUGAAUGUGGAUGGGUAUUGAGUGAAUUCCAAACAAUGUGCUUCUUCACCUUCAUUAUGUAGAUUUAUGUGGCAGCGAGCUCGGCUACAGUCAGCAAGUAGACUGCAUGCAGCAUAUACACUACUGUCCCCAUUGCAUCCUGUUGCUGUGUGUGGCAACGUAAGUGGUAGAAACUUUUCAUGUGGCAACGGAGGCACCUGUCAAUCAAAUUGUGUUAAUGCUAAAAAGCGGAGGAGGAGGCAGCAGCUGGUGAACAGGACGUGAUCUGCUUACGGAUUUUAUUUCCUGUGUACUUCUCUUGAGCAUUGGAUUGACAGUUGUGUGGCACGUUAUGUUGUGUGUCUCAAGCAUGACACUAUGACAAUCGCCUCGGCACCAAGGGUCAUGCUUGGUGGUCAUCUCCCCCCCCCCCACCGCCAUGCGCAUGUGUGAGUCCAGUGUGAAAGCAGGACAAUGGCUGACUGUGGCUGAGGGUUAGAGCGGUCGUCCUCCAACCGGAAAGGUUCGAUCCUCAGUCUUCCCCAUCUGCGUGCUGUAGUGUCCUUGGGCAAGACACUGAAUCCCUAAAUGGUCCUUAAUAGAUAUCGAACUCACCAAUUGUAAGUUGCUUUGGAUAAAAGCGUCCAACGAAUGACUUGAUAUGACAAUGGGGCACAAAUUUGGAAAAGCCUUAAAGACCAGACCAGAGGUGAAUUUGGACACGGCAAACUGUCCCACAGCAAAGACGACAUUUGAUAUUAAUGUAUUCUGCAUCAUUAAAACACAUUGUGCAGCAAGUGACACAGACUCUUUACAUAAAGGUAGAUUUAUAUAAAGUGAAUCUGAUCUGUGCACACGAAGCCCGUGUACUUAUUCUUGUCGUAUUAUCUUGAGGAGCACUUCUUGUAAUCUAAUGUACAGAGGAUAAUUUGUACUUCAUGAAUGACACGCUGUAACAUGAAACGUCUAAUGUUACUGUUCAGAUCAUUGUCUAUGGAAUAAAAUGUAAAUCUGAAUCUGUAUGACUUGCAUCUGA